AUGAUGCCCUCUUCACCAGGCAAUGUCGCCUCGUUACCAUACACAAACGGUCAUUUGUCGCCUCUCGUAGCCCAUAUGACGACCGCCGACAGCUCUUCUCCCCAAGCCGACAGCGAUUUGUCCGACGCGAGAGAGGCUGCCGCAGCCGACCAAGCCUCCGAUGUAGAUGCGCCAGGCGAGGAGUACGACGAAGACGAGGAGAUGGCUGCUGCUUCAGACUCGUCCGAGGACGUUGAUGCCGAGGGCGAGCCGGACGGCGACUAUGACUCUGACUCACCGCCGUCCGAACGGGCAGAGAGCAACCGCGCUCGCAGCUCAUCAGAGGAGUCAACGAGGCCGACGAAGCGCAAGGCAAGCGAAGAGAAGGAGUAUCCCAUGGAGCAGAACCCUGAGCUAUAUGGUCUACGUCGCAGCGGUCGUGCCCGCCACCAAGGUCGUCGCAUCGUCGAUAGCAGUGAUGAAGACGAUGACUACAGUUCGGAUCAGCCCCCCUCCAACCAACCAACACCCGUCUAUCGCUCGACUGGCUCCGACUCUGAAUCAGAUGGCUAUGUUGGCGCCCGUCGCAACAUCCCGACCAAGAAGCAACGCCAACGUCAGCACGCCGUUGCUGCAGGCCGUGAACCACCAUCACAAGCCGAAGUCCGAUUUUCUGCUCGGCGCACAGCCCAAGUCGCGAAUUACAACGAAGAAGAGGAUGAGGACGAGUUCAUAGAAGAGGAUGAUGAGAUGACCCCCAACUACUGGGCGACCGCGACAGAAGACACUGGUCCCGUCAUCGAUAAGAUUCUCGACCAUCGACCGAAGGAUGGAUCAGAAAUUGAUCCUUCCUUUGAGAAGAAGGACUUUGAGUACCUGAUCAAAUGGCAAGACAAGGCACACUACCAUUCGUCAUGGGAAGACUACAAGACGGCAGCCUCGUACAAGGGCUACCGAAAGCUAGACAACUACUUCAAGGGCCCCGUCUCCAGCGACAUGUACUUCCAUAGCCGGAAGGACGAGGACCCUGAGGAGUUUGAGCAGCACAUGGUUGCACGUGAAGCAGAGCGCGAGAGCCAACUCGACUUCCACGUCGUUGAGCGUGUCAUCGACUCACGAGAUGGUGAAGACGAGACUGACUACUUUGUCAAGUGGAAAGGAUUGACGUACGAGUUCUGCACCUGGGAACCAGCAUCGCUCGUGAGUCGCUUGUCGCAGAGCGAGAUCGAUCGUUUCCUUGACCGCUCGUCGAACCGACCCUCCUCCGACCUCCGCGAGACGAACCCGAAUACCCGCCGGAAGUUCGUCAAAUUGGACGCGCAGCCCGACUACAUCAAGUAUGGUCAGCUAAGGUCGUUCCAACUUCAAGGUGUCAACUUCCUUGCGCAUAACUGGUGUCGAGGCACCAACGUCAUCCUGGCCGAUGAGAUGGGCCUGGGAAAGACGGUGCAGACUGUUUCCUUCAUCAACUGGCUGAGGCAUGAUCGACACCAGGAUGGUCCAAUGAUCUGCGUUGUACCGCUAUCAACAAUGCCUGCAUGGGCCGACACUUUCAACAACUGGACCCCGGAUGUCAAUUAUGUCAUCUACACCGGUAGAGAGGAAGCCCGAGCGAUCAUUAGGGACAAAGAGCUUUUGGUCGAUGGGAACACCAAGAAGAUCAAAUUCAACGUACUAUUGACUACGUAUGAAUACGUCCUUGCCGACUGGCAGUUCCUGCAAAGCAUCAAGUGGCAGUUCCUCGCCGUGGACGAGGCGCAUCGACUGAAGAACCGCGAUUCCCAGCUCUACGACAGGCUGCGGCAAUUCAACGCACCGUGUCGACUACUCAUCACGGGUACCCCCAUUCAGAACACUCUGGGGGAGUUAGCUGCUCUCAUGGAUUUCCUCAUGCCGGGGAAGAUUAGCGUUGACGAGCACGUGGAUCUCGCUUCAGAAGACGCCAGCCGAAAGCUUGCCGAACUCAGCGACGCGAUUCAGCCGUACAUGAUUCGCCGUACCAAGGAGAAGGUCGAGAACGACCUGCCUCCCAAGUCUGAGAAGAUUCUCCGUGUCGAACUGUCGGAUAUUCAGCUUGAAUACUACAAGAAUAUCCUGACACGCAACUAUGAGGCACUCAAUGAAGGAGGUGUCGGCCACAAGCAGUCUCUACUGAACAUUGUUAUGGAGCUGAAGAAGGCUAGUAAUCAUGCCUUGCUUUUCCCCAACGCCGAAAACAAGCUUGUGAAGCCCGGCUCCUCGAAAGAGGAGACCCUGAAGGCUCUGAUCACCUCUAGUGGCAAGAUGAUGUUGCUGGAUCGCCUGCUUGGCAAGCUGAAGGCCGACGGCCAUCGUGUCCUCAUCUUCAGUCAAAUGGUUCAUAUGCUGGACAUUUUGACGGACUACCUCAAGCUGCGUAACUACUCAUUCCAGCGUCUAGAUGGCACAGUCCCAGCGGCUGAUAGGAAGAUUGCCAUUGACCACUUCAACGCACCCGGUAGUGAGGACUAUUGCUUCCUCUUAUCUACUAGGGCUGGUGGUCUCGGUAUCAACUUGAUGACUGCAGACACUGUCGUCAUCUUCGAUUCCGACUGGAACCCUCAAGCUGACUUGCAAGCCAUGGCUCGCGCCCAUCGUAUUGGUCAGCAGAAGCCUGUGAGUGUCUAUCGUCUUGUCUCGAAAGACACCAUCGAAGAAGAGAUCCUGGAGCGCGCUCGUAACAAGCGUAUGCUUGAGUUUAUCACCAUCCAGCGCGGUGUGACCGAUCGUCAGCAGAAGGAGCUCAACGACAAGAUGAGUCGCGCGGCUGCCGAGCCAAAUUCUGCCGACGACAUCAACAACAUCCUCAAGCGCCGCGGACAGAAGAUGUUCGAACAGUCGGGCAACCAGAAGAAGCUCGAAGAGCUUGACAUUGACUCAGUCCUGGAGAACGCCGAGGAGCACAAGACGGAACAGGCCGCCGGUCUCACGUCGGAUGGUGGUGAAGAGUUUCUCAAGAACUUCGAGUACACUGAUGUCAAGAUUGAUCUCGAAUGGGAUGACAUCAUUCCCAAAGAAGAGCUUGAGGCGGUCAAGGCCGACAUCCAACAGCGGAAAGACGAGGAAGAGACCCAGAAACUGCUUGAGGAGAGCGCUCCCAGGAAGCGCAAAGCUGCCUCAUCAAGUGCACGAGAACAGCGAGCAGCGAAGAAGCGCGCGCUUGAGGCCACCCACAUCGACGUUGAUGACGACGAGCAAUCAGAGCAAGAUGACACCGUUGGGAAGGAUCCCAAGCGCCCUCUUAAUACAAAAGAAGUGCGGAAUCUCAUCGGAGCUUACUACCGAUAUGGUUCACUUGACGAACGUGCCGAUGAGAUGCUUCAGUCAGCGAAACUCGUGGGCCGAGAUCUCACUGUAGUCAAAGCCACGCUAGAUCAGAUCGUCGCCGAGAGCACACGACUGGUCAAGGAAGAACAGACGAGGCUCAAGAACUUGGAGAUUGAGGCUAAGCGCGCCAUCACCAAAAAGGACAAGAAGGCCGUCUUGUUCGACUUCGGCAACGUAAAGAAGGUCAACGCUGAGACUAUCCUUGAGCGUCCGGUUGAAAUGCGCAUCCUCAAGGAGGCCGUCGAGGCGACUCCUGAUUGGCGUAACUUCCGAGUGCCAGAUGCCAUCAAGCCCGCGAGUUACUCUUGUCCUUGGGGCGCACGUGAAGAUGGCAUGUUGUGCAUCGGCAUCCAGCGUCACGGUUACGGUGCCUGGGUCAACAUCCGCGAUGAUCCAGAGUUGGGACUGACUGACAAGUUCUAUCUUGAAGAGCACCGUGUCGACAAGAAGGAGGAGCGCACCAAGGCUGAAGAGAAGAACGCCAAGUCUCCAGGCGCUGUGCAUCUUGUUCGUCGUGCGAACUAUCUUCUGACUGUUCUGAAGGACAAGAGCAUUUCGGAUCCAAGCGUUAAGAGGCUAAUGGAGAACCAUCACCGCAACAACAAGAAGAACCAUCUCAACGCGGCACGUCGCACAGACAAGGCGAACAGUGUUUCUGCCAGCCCUGCACCUUCUGGUCCAAUGCGAAAGAUGGCUUCACGAGAUUCGGAGCGUCCUUCGCAGCGUACGUACAGCAAUGGCGAGAACCGACGGCCUGACAGCCGGACUGAGAGCCGCCAAUACGAUAGGAGUCGGGAGGACCGCCCUAGGAACAGCGACCAAUACAGGCCUUCGGAUGCUCACCGCAAGGAGUACCGGAAUGACCGUGGUAGCGUUGAUCGUCGUGCGCAUAUCACGGACCGGAACGGGACGCCAGAGAAUCGUCGAAAGAUCAAUGGAGACCUGGAUAGGCAGCGUAUUCGAGACGACCGGCCCCGUCUUUCAGAGGACCGUCCACGUUCGCACAGCCAGAGUCAAGUACCCGAUCGCUCUGUGGAGACGCCCAAGCCAAAGGAGAAGAAGGCUGACGACUUCCUUGAGCGGAAGCUUCGACCUGUGCGCGACAAUCUCAGCCGCCUUAAAAAGGCAACGCCGAAGAACUACCCACAGAAGGAUGCGAUGGUUAAGGUGUUGAAGAUUGAGUUAAUUGCCAUCGGCAACUUCAUCCGUGCUGAAACGCGUGACAACCCAGAGCUCGAAGAGCGGCUAUGGGGUUACACGAUCACCAACCACUGGCCUCGCCCUGGCGUCACUGUUCCCGCCAUCAAGGGCAUGUACAAUAAGAUGCUGAGCUCGGAGAAGCCGGCCUCUGGCGCGACAGGCACCAAUGGGCAGAAGAACGGGGUUUAAAUAUCGUUGACGCAUAACGUAUUUGAUAUCCAUCGCUCGUUCGAGCCCUUUAGAAUCAGCAUAUGGGCGUUUUCGAUUUGUACGGUGUGAUACCGUCAUGUAUAUUUGCAGCAUAGCGUAGGUGUUCGGCUCGGUUGGACUACUCAAGAAAUGUUUAGCUACGGGCACUUUUUUGGUUAUGUGUUUCUUUCGUUGUAUGCAUGGACAGACCCAGUCAGGGUGAGCCAAGCGGUGUUCAUGUUUUUGCGCGGUGGCGCAGUAAAAAGGCCGAGCUUCGGCUGUUGAUAGAGCAUUUGCGGUACUUGGGAAAGAGCGUGAGCAUAUUACAAGAGCGAAAGCAUGUCUCUACAAAGAGGGGAUGCCAUUGUUAGCAGUUUGUAGAUUCAGCGUCCUCUGCAUCGAUGCAAGACAGCAAUGAACUACAUGCAUCAC